AUGGAGGCGCAUAAUUUACAGGCUGCUUCGACGUACGUCAAUAAUAUUCUGCAAGCUCGAGGACUGCUGGGAAGUGGUCAAGCAAUUGAUUUUGCAAACCCCGACAAUGAAGAGGGGGGCACAGACGCCACUAUGGCGCGAAUCAUUAACCUGGUCAAUGACUUGGUUUUGAGGAGAGACCGCGAGGCCGAGCACCGCGAAAACCUAGCAACAACGAUUCGGGCAUUACGUGCCAGCGACUCGGAUCAGACGAUGGAGAUUGGAAAGUUAAAGACUCGGACAUCUGAAUUAGCGAGAUCGCUAGCUUUGUCGGAGGCACAGGAGCGUUCGCUUCAGUCUAAUCUGACGAGCGUCGAAGCAACGGUCCGGGGACAUAAAGAACAAGUUCAGCGCAUGAAAAGUACGGUCCAACAAGUUCGCGCGCAAUGCGCCAAUGAUAUUCGCAAACGAGACCUAGAGCUUCAAAAGCUCAAGUCACACUUGGCCGAACGACAACGUGGGAAGCGCGAGGGGCUGAGCGUCACCACCAUCAACAUAAAUCUGAGCACAGACCAGUCGCUAUUGCGAUCCACCGGUGGAGAACAAAUCAACGACCCUGGCUAUAGCCUCCAACAGGAGACGACUCAAUUUUUGACAGAGCUGUGUCAAAGUUUGAGCGACGAGAACGACACACUGAUCGAGCUUGCGCGCAACACCAUGGACACGCUCAAAGAUUUACAAGGGCUGCCGCUGGUAGAGGAAGCAGAUUCACAGGAGGAAUCAAAUAUGGGCGCAAGUGUGGGACCCCACAAGGCAUCGGCCAGAGCCGUUACUACACUUCCUACGUCGUGUGCAGAACUCUCCACACGGACGGAAACGGUGCUAGAUCACUUGCGAACACUUCUUACUAACCCCUCAUUUGUGCCUCUAGAGGAGGUGGAAAUCCGUGAUGAAGAGAUUAAGCGUCUGCGCGAAAGCUGGGAGAAGAUGGAAAAUCGAUGGAAGCAAGCUACGACCAUGAUGGACGGUUGGCAGCGGCGUCUUGUCGACGGCGGAGAUUCAGUGCGGGUCGAUGAACUUAAACGAGGCAUGAACCUUGAUCUGAGCUUUGCAUCUACCGAAGAUACGAGCAUGCAGAAGCAGGAAGAGACUAAAACCAUCUCGCCAAUUCUGGAAGACCAACAGGAAGAGGAAACAAUCGAUUCUGAGGAGCGAGCACCGGAGCCAGAGGUCUCAAAACCUCCGCAGACACGCUCAAAAAUACGCAAAGUCCCAGAGCGCUCUGAUAGAGCUUUGAGGGAGCGUAGCGACAACGCUAGUGCCAGGCCAAGGCGACUCCGAAAAGUCUCAUUCACCCCGGGCCUGCAAGGGUCGCCUUCUGAGACCAUCGCUAAUGAAGAGACACUGCAAAUUAAAGCCCACAAAUCAGCCGCUGUGACUCGCAGACCUUCACGACGGAAAACUGAUACCAAAACCACCCGCCAAGCCAACGAGCAAUCCAAUUUGAGUGUUUCUCAGAAGCUAGCCGCUGCGGAAGAUGACGCUCGCGUCGCCAAGCAAGCACGCAAAGAGCGUGAAUCGCGAAAACGAAGUCGGCCUGAGAAGGCAGGUCUUCGGUCUAGUAAUCGACGCCGAAGUACUUUGACAAGUGACGAGUUGGAUGAUCUUAUGGGUGUACAAUCACAUUAA